UGGGCAGGGAGGGAUUGUAUUUGUCUCUGUCUUUCUUCUCUGCUUUCCCUCCUCCACAUCUGAGCAGCUGAUUCUGUUGCAUCAGGACCCGGCUCACACUCCCUCGCUCGCCCACCGUCUCUCUUAGCAUUUUAAACACACGCACAGAGGCACACGCUCACUCACUGUGUUAGUGGGGAAAGCGAGCGAGCGAGCUGGUCUUUGGUCCUGUGAGUUGCUACCUCCACAUGCCUGAGCCAGAAGACAAAGCAAGAGCGGAUGAAGUUGGUACGGCUCCCCCAAGGCUUGCAGCUUCCUCCUUGGGUGGCAGGAAUCACAGAGACACCCCCGGCCCCUGCCCGUGGCUGAGCUGAGAACCUGCCUCAGGGAUUUAACCUGCUGCUCCUGGAUUUCCUCUCCUCCUCCCCCUCUCGCUUUGCCUCUUCUUCUCCCCCCAUCCACAUCCCCUGGACAAACCAGAGCUGGAUUCCCAUGGAACUGCCAAGAUGUUCAUGUCCCGAAUCCUGGAUUUUCAGAAGACGAGAUACGCAAGGUUUAUGAAUCACAGGGUCCCGUCCAACCGGAGGUACCAACCCACAGAGUAUGAGCAUGCUGCCAACUGUGCCACCCAUGCCUUCUGGAUCCUCCCCAGCAUCCUGGGCAGCUCCAUCCUCUACUUCCUCUCCGAUGACCAGUGGGAGACCAUCUCAGCCUGGAUCUAUGGCUUCGGCUUGUCUGGCCUCUUCAUUGUCUCCACCAUCUUCCACACCAUCUCCUGGAAGAAAAGACAUCUCAGGACUGUGGAGCAUUGCCUACACAUGUUCGACAGGAUGGUCAUCUACUUCUUCAUAGCAGCAUCUUAUGCCCCCUGGCUGAACCUGCGGGAGCUGGGUCCCUGGGCCGCCCACAUGCGCUGGAUCAUUUGGAUUAUGGCAUCCAUCGGCACUGUCUACGUUUUCUUCUUCCACGAGCGGUACAAGCUGGUGGAGCUGGUGUGUUAUGUGAUCAUGGGGUUCUUCCCUGCCCUGGUGAUCCUUUCCAUGCCUAACAGAGAUGGGCUCCUGGAGCUGGUGGCUGGUGGCCUCUUCUACUGCCUGGGCAUGGUGUUCUUCAAGAGUGAUGGUCGCAUUCCCUUCGCCCAUGCCAUCUGGCACCUCUUUGUGGCCAUUGGAGCUGGCAUCCACUACUACGCCAUUUGGAGGUAUCUCUACCGGCCGGACACCACGGAGGCCAGAACAUCCCGAUAGGUGCCUUAAGGACAUUGCACUCGCCAAGCGGCACGCGGGGGGGAGUCUUCCCAAGAAGCCGCAGUCUCUCCACUCCUGCUGGAAAGCCAUCCCCAUCACCUGCUCCCUGAUGGGCAGGGUUCCCCAGUUCCCUUCUCCGGCUGAUCUCGCGCGGACGAAAGGUUUAUUUUAAACAGAUCUUAACCUUGUGUAUUGUUUAUUCUUUAGGCAAAGGUUUCAUAAUGAAAGGAACCAUCCCUGGGUGUACCGGAGGGGUGGGAAGACUGCAAGCUCUUCCCAGGGAACGAGGGAGGAUUGCAGGAAGGCUUUGUUCACGUGGUCUGGAGCCGUCUCAAGAACUCUCCCCCCCAUGGGAACUCUGUCUCCACCUCCUCUCACUGGACAGGGACCCAGCCUCUGCAGCACGCUUUGCUGGAGCCUCUAGCUGCUUUUUGAGGGCAGAGGCUGCUGUCAGAUAAAAGGUUGUUCCCGUGGGGGAUUUAGGAGGUAGGUGAGGCCUGGAAACGGACAGGAGAAAUGGGUGCUGGACACCAGGGGCCAGCAGCAGGAUCCGGUUGUGAUGUGCAGGGAUCAUUGCCCACCUUAGUGAGUGCCCAGGUGGAGUGCAAAGGGGAUGCCUGCUUAAACAGGGCUCUUAUGCUGACCAGGGAGUGUGACCCCUUUGGAGACACGAGACCUGCAAGACGCAGCGAUGUCUCUCAACUGGUGGGGGUCAUUUUAAGGGUUUCUCCAAAAGGGCUGGCUCUUCCCCCCACACUAUGCAAGUCAGCAGCACCGCCAACUGCUGUAGCUAGAGAUGGGCGUGGAGAAACCCAUUGCAUUGAACCGUGGGAGGACCACACUUCCACUUUAAGUCAGCCCAUCUGAAGGCCGAGGAGCAGGAAAAGAGCUAUGGUCUGUAGCCAUAGGGCAAAAACCUUGUUUUGGGACAUGCUGACGCAUGUUGGCCAGUUGUGAAGGGAAGUAGGGAAAGGGGCCUCUCUGCAGGAUGAGUGGCCAAGUUCAGCCCCAGGGUUGGGUCUCCUGGCACGGGGGCUGGUAUCCUGAUUUAAACACAGCUGCUGUAUGUGAUUAUCUGCCAGAGCAUGAGCAGCUCCCAAUGUUGUUUUCAUUUCCCAUUUCCCUGCCGCAUGGAGAAGAGAGGUCUCCACUGCCCCAAGCACAGGCCUCUGUAUGCAGAGGAGAGAGCUCCUGGUCCAGGGCCACAUUUCCAUGCAGGUUCCCACAGGACCCUCUUCCCUGUAUGGAUCCACAAGGAAGGAUGUGUAAGGGUCUAGACCUCUGGUCCUCCCUGCUCUCCUGUAGGAGGAUUUCUUGUCUCUCCUAAGAGACUCAGGUGAUAAAGGAGUGCCAAUGGUGGACACCAGCAUGCACCUGCCUGGGCGGCUAGACCCAGCAACCUGACCUCUCAAGCGCUGAGCACUGGGCGCUGCUGUUAAAUGCUGGGUUCGUUGCAGCUACUCAGCAUUUGGGAAAAUCAGAGCCGGGGAUUGCUAAGGCUCCGGUUCGGUUGCAUCAAUGGCAGCCAGAAAGGCUGGGUGUAGUUUAGGAGUCAGACAAAGAGUCACUUCAGAGGCAGCCCAGAACAUGCUGAGUGUCUCUUGCUGGGGUUUGGUCUCUGUGCCCUGGGGUUUACCUUUUGCCCUAUUCCCCCAGGUCUGAGAAGCAGGAGGUGGGUAGUGAAGGACUCACUUAACAGAGCCAGAACAGCACUAAAAAUGAAUGAAUCCCCUUGUACUCCAAGGCUGCUGCAGGGCACAGCCUUAAAUAAAGCGCACAAGCCCCCACCAAACCAGCUCAGGGUGAUGCCCCUGCCUGUAUAGAGGUGGCUAUCCCUGCAGCCCAUCUGCUCUCAGACAGGCUUGGACAGCCAAAGACCAACUGAACAAGUUUCCAGAGGUGGCCUGGAGCCAUCAGACUUCUCCAUUGGGUUCUCUACGGCUGCCAUACCUCAUCUGGGCAUGUGGGGAAGGGAGAAGGGAGCAGAUCUGAGCUGCCACCCCAGGGCUUGAAAAGCAAUCGUCACUGGGGUUUGCUCAGCAAUGAUCUGCAUAUAAAACCAAGUCUUGAUCGGAGGGCCCCAUGUCAACAAAGCCUUACGCAGGAUUGAAACUUGAAUCUAUUCCAGGGCUCCCUGGAGUCUCCGAGCUCUGGAAAACCUUUUGUCUCAGCCAGGAUUGAGUGUACCGCUUUAUACUUUCCAUGUAGACUGGAGCCCGUGGUCCCCUGUAAGCCUGUUCUGUAGGAUGCACUUUGCUUUUCCCUCUGUGUCAGGCUCCAGUGGUGGUUCAAGAGUGAGAUUCCCAUUUGGAGAGUUUGCUCAGUCGGAGGGAGGCUGGAUCACGUAGCAACAUAAACCUCCUUAGAGCUGCUCCAGAAACUGGGGAGCAGUAUCCCUAAGCUGUGUGUAUUCCCUCUGCGUGCUCCAUGGCUCGAUGGCUCGACUGGGGCUUGCUCCAGACUCUCUAUGGCUUAGAUUUGUAUCUGAUUUUUGGAGAACCCUUACUGCUCCCCAAGCCACCUCUUCUGUUUCACCCUCUGCAGGUCGGGCCCACUGAGGGGGAAGAGGCUGAGAGAUCGAAGGGCGCUGUUUUAAAUGCUCCGCUCUGAACAGAGAAUUGAGCAGGGCAAGGAUAAAGAGGCUGUUGCAUAUCAUAGCGGGGAACCUCUGGCUUUACUGCAUGUCUGCAGCUCCGGUCACUGCCCUGUGCAGGUGCUAGCCCCUUACCGAGUACAUGUAUAGCUGUGCAAUCCUUGGGGAGGAUUGGUUGGCAGAAAGCUGGUGGGGCAGCAGUCAUUAAGGAAUGAGGAGCUUUCUAGGGGCCAAGACUUCUUUGGGUCCUUGUCUCUGUCCUGGGCUCCCCUUAGCUCUGCCCAGUGCUUUGCACAGGUCUGGGCAUGCAGGACAUGCAGAUCAGUGUCAGAUGAUCCACUCUGCACUUGUUCAGCCUCCUGGCAUGAUUUCAGUGUGGAGGCGGUUCAUGACUCUCCGCCGGUAUAAAAGGAAUGAGCAUUGACUCGGACCUCCGAAUGCCCCGAAUCCACGUUUUCCCCAGCUAUGGGGCAGCGAGUUUUUGAACAAAUCACCACCUGUGGGGACUGAUCUUUUGAAAGCAGGGUAAUAAGGACCAGAAUUUGGUUUCCUUCUGAGCUGAGGGCAGCAGAUAGGAUUUCAGUCCAGACCUGCCCAUGAUUAUAACGUGAUCAUCACCCGAGUUGAAUUUAGGCUUGCGAUAGCAGCCUCAUCACUGGAUGCGAGGGCUUUCAGGGCUCUGCAUCUUUCCUGAAGGAAUCGCUUGUUAGCUCUGCUUUCAAAUGCUUGGGAAGGCCUGGAAUACCUCAGCUACUCUCAUGGGUUAAUCACCAAGGCAGCUCUGUCCAUUUGACCAGGCUGGAGCCUUUUAGGGGUGUACAGCCACUAUUCUCUAUCCCCGGCUUCUUUCGUGGCCUGAGCCAGGAGGUGUGUAGCGCCCUCAGUUCCUGUUGCUUGGGCCCUUAUAGAGACAAAGUAAUGGGUUUUUUUCCAAAGGAGAGUCUAGAAAGUGCCUGGUGAAAUGCUGGCGGUGGUCCUGGUAGCUUCUUGUUCAAGGGAGUGAUGCUUUGAGAAGGUCAAUGGGCAAGUGGCGUUACUUGAUAAAGCACAACCACUGCAGUCUAGCUAUGCUGGAGGAAUUUGUGUCUGUUGGCAGGGGACCAGCACUUGCUUCCUGCUCCAUGUUGCUCUGGUGAGCAUAUGUAUUUGUCCAUGCUGAUCUGCUUUCUGUCCUUUUGCAUGUGGCUUGCUUCCACGGGCUGUCUCAGGCUGGGCAGAUACAGAAGCUGCAUCGUAUCACAGGUCUGGAGGGUAAAGCAUCACCCCCCUAGAUGUCUGCAAGAGGCCUGCAUGGCUUUUGCCACCCCUUUGCUCCUCAGGGGAGUAGUCACAGAGCAGUCAGGCUGCAGGAGUCUCAGGCGGACGUGGGAAGGUGUUGAGCAUCUGACAGCCCCAAGCAGAGCUGGGUCCAAGAAAGGUUCCCUGGAUGAUAAGUCACUCCUUGAGUUGAAAGAGGGAGGAGUGUUGGUUGGAAGAGUCUACUCACCUCCCAAAGCCAGAGCUUGUAUGCCAAGACUUUGGGUUACUCAUGGGUCGGUCCCUGGGGUUGGGCUAGCAUCCAUGAAAUUACCCGAGGGAUGGAUCUCUAUGGAGAGUUGAGGGGUGUCCAGGGUAGAUGCACUGUGCUCCAGACACCAUCACACCACAUCCACCUGCUUGACGUCAGGCUGAGGGAGUUGCUUUGCGCAGCCACUGGUGUGGACAUGCUCCGGUGAUGGGAACGCUGGGGGAGGAAAUCAGGGAUAUAACCACAGGGACACAAGAGACUCAAGUGCCUUACCCCUGGGGAGGCAGACCACGCCAGGCCAGCAAUGGCCACAUGCUUCUCCCGGUGUCACUGUUUAGCCCAUGUGUCCUAGCAGAAACGUAAGCAGGAUUUGCUUCCUUCACUCCAAGAAAUGGAAGGAAACCCCCCACUAGUGGCUCUGGUGCCAUAUGCAUUUUUCCCCAGAGGAGCUGGAGAGGGGGCUGAGUGGGCAGGUGGUUACUAGAAACAUCUCACAAGAGACAGGGGCUGUUCCCAGUGGUUGAAAAGUGUGGGGAGGGCUGCAGAAACUCACUCUGCUGGGGCUCUUUGCUGUGAAUCUGAAUGGGAAAGCCAGCCUGCACUGCACUGUGCUAGGAGGGACAGCGAGAGAAGAGAUGGGCCCAAUCCACGGCCAUGGGAUCUGGAGUUUGGAGCCCAUCUUUGCUCAUGAGGGGGAGCUGAAACAUGGUGCUGGAUGGCUGCUUCUUCCCCGCGUCCUUCUGCGUGUCCCUGCCAGGCCCUGACUGCUUUGAAUUCUUGCCACCUGGCAAAGCCUCAGGGGCUUGGUGGGUCAGGGAUGGCAGAGGGAGGUGUGGUCUAAGCCCAGACCAGGGAGGCAGGGCCUUCCUGAUCCCAUUGCUGCUUCUGCCAAUGACUCGCUCUGUGGUCUUGAGUGAGUCAUUUAUCCGAUCUGUGCCUCAGUUUCCCCAGGGUAACAGGGGAGAGUGACACUGACCUACCUCACAGGGCUGAUGUGGAGACAGGUGGCUAACGCGCUCUGGAAGUGCCCCGGGCUUUCAAAGCACUGAGGACUUUGAUUGUGAAUGAGCCUGAAGUUGCCUUUAAAAUAGGUGGUCCAUUCAUGGACGUUGGUUGGACUCUCGGAGCUGCCUCUGAGGGUAGCAGGUCAAGCACACCAUGGUUUUCCUCCUUUCCCUUCCUUAGCUGAAUGCCAUAGGGAAAGAGCUCCCUAGGAGAGGGGCGUAGUGUAGAGCCCAGCCCCUGAUUUCCUCUGCUGGGCAAAUACACGAGUGACCCCUCAGCUGGCAGAAUUUGCACCGGAUUUGGAAGAGGCAGUACAUGAACGGGGUGGGCAGGGCUAGGGGCAGCGCUGAGCAGGGUUCUUGGUACCUCGUCUGUCAUUUUUUCACUUCCCAUCUUAAUCGACAUGUUGCCUACCCAGCGUGUCGCACUGCCCCUGCCCUCCCCCAGCCCCCCAACCUCCCAGGAGAUGGUCCCCACUUCAGGUCUUCUCCUGGUGAAGACCCAUCCUGCUAGGAGGUAGGUGAGGGUGGAAACCUACCCGCCUGGCUUUGCUACCCCCUGGCCCCUGCACCACACCUUCCUCCAUCCCAGGCUGGCCUGGGUGCCUUGCCCUUUGGUACUGUUAAAUGGGCUCCAUCAGGAUGCUGGAUCCUGGGACCAUGGGCACAGAGAGCGAAACUGGAGAGAAUGAGCUUGGGCUGCCUAAAGAGCCACGUUCUGGGGUAUUUCACCCCAAAAUGUUAUCCCAGGGUUUGGCUCUCAGCAGCCUGCUAAGUUUUGUUGCUACAUAGCUGAAUGAAGACAACCUCUAGCCACUAUUUUACAUUGGGGCAGUGGAGAGAGGUUUCCCCUUACAAGCCCUUGUGGGUAAAGUGGCCUAGAGACAGAGAAUGGUGGCUUUGGAGGGAGGCUAACUCAUCCUUACCAAGAACGCUUUAUCCAGUCUUGCUGGUCGAGACUGAAUCUCAAGGGGGAGAUUCAAUAGCUGCACAAUGGUGCCCAGUUCCCAGGGUCCGACCAUGGGAGCAGAGAACCUACUUGUCCCUUUAACUUUCGAAAAUCCUGCCCCUGGCUUCAGAUUUCCUGCCUAUGGUCCCAGAUUUGCCAAGGAGGACAAGCUGCAGACCUCCCUGCAUUUUAUACAGCUUUCUCUGGCCCAGCCCAGGGUUACCUGAUUCUGAUAAUCUUUUAUACUAACUUUUAAUGACUCAUAACAUUUAGGACAUCUGUGAAUGAGGUUUUCUGAGUGAUUUUUUAAUGUCUCGUAUUUUACACCACCCGCUCUUGUGAAAUCAGUAUUUUAUAUUUAACAUGGUAUUUAAUAAAAUGAAAAAAAUUUGUAAGAAAAGAUAAAAUGCUAGCGAAUGUCAUUUCUUGUGAAGUAGGAUUUAAAUAAAAACUCAAUAUACCUCA